AUGAAGUGGUCCCACUCACCCUACCGCAGCGAUGAGAUCGAAGCAUACAACAAACCAUCUGACGAAGUUGGCACCAGAGCCACAUGCUGCAUCGUUUACAUCCGCAACUUCUUACGUACUCCACACGACUUUGUCUACUGCAUACAUGGGCCUGCGAAUCUUGUAAAGUUUCACUCUGGCUUGCACGGAGGAGACGCGUACAACGGCCCAGUCCUCGCGUCGGUUGUAUCGCUACUCGGACAGACAGUCGUACACGAUGGUCAGAGAAUUCCGCCAAUCUGUUGGAACAGGUUCGACAGGGUACGCAAGCAGCCAGGAAAGCAGAACAAGAUUCGCUGGUCGUACAUGUUUGAGACAGCAAGAUUGGCAUGGAGCAAGAUGACUUUUGACGCCAGGUCCCUGCAGUUACUCGAAGAGUCUCUAGCAACUGCUACCAAUCAGAUAGGCUAUCCAGAGACUGAGGAGACAUGGGGGGAAGGCGCCAUUAGCGCGAGCCAGAGAACGAGCCAGGAGGCGAGAAGCAUUGCUAUCGAGAUGAAUCUGAAGUUACUCAAAAAGAAAGAUGAUGACGACGAGAUCCUCUGCUUCCUCAAAAAUGAGCUGCAUGGUCGGCAGUUGCGAUUGCAACGACACAAACUUUCGGACGAGCAAACCCGCCUUCUCAAUCAAUUUGGGGAGAUUCUCGACGAGUUUGACUACUUAUGCAGCCCCGACAAUCCAGAUGAUGCAGAUAGCAAAGCUUUUGAAAGAAAAAAGGCUUUGCUGACUACAGAGAGGGACGAUCUGAUCAAACAAAUACAAUAUGAGAUCACCAAACCCUCUGAAGCAUCCGAUACGGCCAGAUCUUCAACUUCGUCUCUAAAGUCGCUCCAGGGAGAGGACGAACAUAUGCCUGUGGAACAAGACCAAAAUACGCCAAUGACCAAGGAUGAGCCUACAUGUCUGAGUGAAAGCAACCUUGACGCUAUACGGGAAUUCUGCUCCGUUACUUUCGCCAGUGUCGACCACGCCAAGGAAGUGCUUGCAAUUUUCAAUUACAAUCUAAAGGAAGCUUUAGAUUUUCACUUCGAAGACCAAAUGGCCGACCAGAAGGCUCUAGAUUCUGCUGAUCCUAAGAUGGAUGUCGAUUCAGAAGAGCUGGCAAGAGCCGUGCAAUCCAGUCUUGAACCUGAAUCUGAACCUCCUGGCGGUGAACGGAAUGUUGCAGCUAAUGAUUGGGCAACGAACUACGAGUCUAAAAGGGAUGCACAGUCGCCCAGUGAAGAAGACUCUACCAAAACGAAGGGCGAGGAGCAACUCACGGAAGACACUUCCCGAACGGGUCGCUCUCACGCCGGCCAACCCAUCCUACUAGAUGCUCAGGGAAAUUUUAAAUCACACUUGCAUACAGAGCCUCCCCCGAAAAGUUUGUGGGAACAAUACCGAGCUAUGCGCGAGAGAUUGCAUGUACAGUACUACGGUUCCAGCACGUGGUUCGAUGACCCGGAUCCCCUCCGGGGCGUUCCUGCCAGGGAAAGGGCUGAGCACGAUGACAAUGCAGUUUCGAAUGUGGAUACCGAUAACUCUGGAGGGCACAAAGAUGUUGAGCAGGAAAAAGCAGCUAUCGAAUACCGUGCAGAUGCUGAAAUGGCAAUUAAGCUCGAGGCUGAGGAGCGAGAAGCCCAAGAGAGAAGAGACCAAGAACAUGCGAGAUCGCUGCACUCACAGCUUAACGCACUAGAUGAAGCAGAACAAGCCGCCAAUGCAGAUGGGUUCGGUGAAAUAGCUGAAGAAAGGGCAGAAGGAACAGCCGCAACCACGCUGUCCAAUGUGACAGUGCAUGCGUUGGGGCAGAACACCCAAGAUAACAACGAUUCUACACGCAAUAACCACAGCCCUGCACAAAGUGAGAAGGAUUCUGUGAUGGGUGACGACAAAGCUCCGUUCAAGAUGGACCUUGACCGCGUCAUGGAAGAAGCGGAACAUAACAACAGACAGAAGGUGGAGCAGGGGGAUACCGAAUCCAACUCCUUCGUCGACCCACGGGAUCUUGAGAAAACGGCAAACCAUUCAGACGACGUCGAGAUAGAACAACGCAAGUACCUAUUCGACUCAAAGGAAGAGGGAGAUGGUUGGUACGACAGUGACCGAGACCGGAUGGAUAUCUAUGGUAAAAACAUGGUCGGCUCUGAGUCAGGCGCGCAUGGCGAAGAGCCAACGUUCACACCGAGCGAAAACAGAGAUGCCUUUAUGAGCUCGGCUACGGACGACAAGCAGCAGACUUUUGGCACCAAUGAGGAAGAAGUACAAUGCACGGAAAAAGAAAAGUUCGAUUCGCCCAUGGUAUUCAAGCCGAAUGAGGAUGUGGACAUAGACGCUGAAGACGACGAUGUCAAAAUCCUCAAAGUCGAUGAAGACGACGAUGUUGACAUGGGCGGCGAGAGUUCGAAUUACUAG